CGUACACACGCAUCUUCAACGAUGACAUAAUCUUUUCGGUUAGCAGCGCCUAAAACUUUGCGACAAGUUACGUACAUGGUACCUGAAUCUAACAGACUUAACAUCCAAACUGUGGUUGCAAAUUGUUUUUCGAAUUUUAUAUUCGCUCUUCACAUGUCGCUACAUACGAUUGGGUAAAUGUUACAUUUUAAUAAUUUCGAUAGGGUCUGGCUUGGCCGGCUUGGGUAGGACAGCGUCAAACCCGACAUUUACACGUACCAAAAUGCAAUAGAUUUACGCGUCGCGUGUCCCGCUUCAACGUCUAAAAGCAUCUAAAAGCAUCAAUUCAUACCUCCUCAUACCUGGAUUAUUCCUGGGUAUCAAUAUAUCAAUAAACACCUGUUAUUACCAUCGCUUGACAUUACUGCACCUAAUUAGGAAUAAGAAAGAUACGAAGAAUUGAUGCAGCUAUGGCACGACUAUCGUUGCCAACAACAGCUCGUCUCUCCCCAUCCCUACGAGUCGAUCCCGCGAAUAAUACCGUCAUCAAAACUCUUAACCGACUCUCACGAUCCUCACUACUAUCACUUGUGCUGGACUGGCUAGAUGAAAGAAAUCAGUAUUUAUGCCCGCCACUCCUCCGUCGAUCAGAAGCUCCAGACGAAGACGACGAAGAUGACUUCUACCCGCCUGCGGAAUCUCUCGAGGAGCUUAGGGGGCUCUACGAAUCUAUGCAGGCUCGAAAAGGCGGCCGGCGCGAAGUAGUAGACCGUAUACUUGAGGGCGAUUGGCGGUAUGGCCUCAGUUUAUAUCAACUGGCAAUGGCAGAUCUACAGUAUUUAUAUGAUCACCCAGGCAGUCUCAAGUGGACCGCUUAUCGCAUCCAACAGCUCAAAACCCCAGCUCAUGAGGAUGACGUCGAAGGCCCGGAGAGAACAGACAAGGAAUCGCUUACCGUACCACGUUUCCACCCGUCUACUUUCUUACAAAAUCUACAAGCUGAGGUCCUUCCCGACGUUAAGGCGCAUUAUAACUUCGACCGGCCAAAGGAUAUGCCACUUCUCCUAUUACGUAUAUUUAUUAUCGAUUCUCCAUAUAAUACGGAUUUGGCUGUCUCAACCCGGCACCGUGGCCGACCUGGCAGUAAUGGCAGCGGUAAGAGCCCAGCGACGAGCUUCGACGCCUCACGCACUAUCUAUAUUGCUUUUCCAGAUGCGUCGCCACACAUUUAUAUAUCCAAAUCUGCUACAGGGGGUACUUCCUCGGCGGCGGGCGCAGCGGGCGAAGCAAAGAGUCUGCGCGCUCUGAUCGUGGAAGGUAUCCCGAAAGCGCUAUCGCGACCACGAGAAAGAUAUACGUUGAAGGGAACAAAUUUGACGACAAAGAACAUGGCUACCAUGUUAGCUGUAAAGGGUGCAGGCCGUACAAAUGCUGCAGGUGGCGGCUGGAGCAUCUAUGCCGGCAUAGGGACUUCGGAUUUAAAAACCGACAGUCCUCUGCAGGCAUUACUACCCACGCCUCCUUUAUCAGACGCAUCGUCUGCCGACAUCGAUAAAGCCGACAGCGAUAGCCGGAAGCGAAGGAGACCUGCGGGUGAUCCAACGGAUGAGGAGGACGAGAAGCAAGCCAAGCAAGCACGGUUAGCGGCACAAGCGCGCUUUGGCAAUUCCGCGAAAGUGGACGAUGGAAAAGGGAUAGAGAGACUUGAUGUGUUAAUCGAGGACCCCUUUCCCACAGAUGUUGCUAAUUUCUCGGACGAGGGAGAGUCCGAAUUACCAGACAGAGCCGCUGCACUGUCGCGAAAUUCGUCGAAAGGACGUCGAAGCACACUCAACUUGAGCACGGUGCUGGAAGACCAGGAGAAUGCAGAUGAAAGUAGGGGAAGAAGGUCAGGGGAAAGGAACAGAAGAGAAUGGGCCCCUCAGGUUAGGGUGUCAUUCCAUGGGUCUCACGUCUUUGCUGGUGUAAGACAGUUAGUCGAAGCAGGCAUUAUUGAUGGCAAGAAGAUGCCUGGGUGGAUGACAGGUGAAGAGGGCGUGACAAUCGGAGCUGUACGGCACGGCAGGAUAAAAGGUUUCAAGGGCUCGGGGUUAUAAAUUACCUACGUAGGUGUGUAUAUUGCAUUACGAGCGCUUCGUCGUAGCUGGCGGUGUUGGACAAGUAGGAUAUGUGGAAGUAUUCAUCGUGUUUGGCGUUUACUGUUCUGAUUUCCGGGAAUGAGGCAUGUCGGAUAGGUUAUCAUAUACCCCAGUGAAGCAUUUCGGGAACGGCCUAAUACGAAGCACAAUUACCAUAUUCACUUACCUC